AUUAUAAUCGAUAACAAGAGGGUAAUCGGGUCAAUUGGUGCCCGAUAUCCGCUUCAUCAUCCCCAAUUUGAAUGCACACCUCCCGCUCCUGUUGUCGCUCUCGAUUCCGAAGCCCUCGCUGCGCUCAUCCGCAAACCCAUCGAUCGCGUCCUCCGAUGGCGGCCAAGGAAGAAUGGAGCAUCUCCGAUUUCGAAAUCGGGAAAUUCAUCGGCGAAGGAAAGUUCGGCAAAGUCUACCUCGCGAGAGAGAAACAGAGUGGAUACGUCGUGGCACUCAAGGUGAUCUUCAAGGCGAAGCUGGAGAAGUACCGAUCGCACGCCCAUCUCCGGCGGGAGAUCGAGAUCCAGCACGGCUUGAACCACCCGAACGUCCUCCGCCUCUUCGCCUGGUUCCACGACGAGACCCGCGUCUUCUUGGUCUUGGAGUAUGCGGCGCGGGGCGAGCUCUACAAGCUCCUCAAGAGCCUCCACCACUUCUCCGAGAAGCGGGCCGCCACGUAUGUAUCGAGCCUUGCGGGAGCGCUGGCGUAUUGCCACGAGAAGCAUGUGAUCCACAGGGACAUCAAGCCGGAGAACCUGUUGCUGGAUAUUGAGGGUCGACUAAAAAUAGCAGAUUUUGGGUGGGCGGUGCAGUCGAAUGCAAAGAGGCACACCAUGUGUGGUACCAUCGACUAUCUUGCCCCAGAAAUGGUAGAGAAGAAGGAACAUGACCAUGCGGUUGACAAUUGGACUCUGGGCAUUCUCUGCUAUGAGUUCCUGUAUGGGGUCCCACCGUUUGAAGCCGAAGACGAGUACGGUACAUUCAGGAGGAUAAUGAAAGUUGACUUGAAGUUUCCUUCCAGUCCUGCUGUUUCUGUUGAAGCCAAGGAUCUUAUCUGCAAACUACUGGUGAAGGAUUCAUCCAAGAGGCUGUCUCUUCAAAAGAUCCUGAAGCACCCUUGGAUCGUCACGCAUGCAGAUCCAUCUGGCAGUUCCUGCGACUGAGGUGAGGUGGGAGUUGCUGCGACUGAGGUGAGGUGGGAGUAUUCCAAAGGGCACGGAUAUACAUCAACAAUCGUAGAAUUCAUCAGUGCUUACAUCUCUGUUUCUGAACCAGAAGAUGUGAUCCAUAUCAACCAGCAAAUCUUAAUAAUCGGUUGGUCAAAAAGCAUGUAUCUCAACACUCUUUCAGGAUUAUGCAGCUGGAUGUGUAUGUAUCACCAACAAACAAACAGCUGCCCCUUUGGC